CCUCCAUCUACCUAUACCAUCUGUCUUUUCUCCAUCUACUUGAUUUCCAAUUAUCUAACCUACUACUAUCUUCUAACUCUCAUUCGUAUCCCAAUCUUUUAUGUUCUUCCUCACUCCUUCGACUCCAGCCGCCCGGGAAAACUCAUAGGCAGCUAUGGUGAGAAUCCUUAAUCUCAGUCUUUUGUUAGUAGUUCGCCAACUCUACGCAACGACCCAGUCGGCAAGGGAGGCGAUCUUGCAGUUGUUGAGGGUUAAGAGGAGUCAAAGAGUUUGAAAAGGCUACAUGAAGUAACCUUGGUGUUCAGUUUGGUGCAAGCAAAGAAGAAACAACAACGAGGGUCAAUAUGGCU